AUGUGUGAGGACUGCAGUCAGGUCUUCAGCACUCGAUCGGCACUCACUAAGCACAGAGCAGAGAGUCACGCCAACAAACGCUACGCCUGCACCAUCUGCGGCCUGGAAUAUGACUACAUGUCUCAAUAUGUCAUACACCAGAGGGCGCACACUGGGGAAAAACCAUUUGAGUGUGACAAGUGCGGGAAGAGGUUCGGCCACAAGUGCACUCUGCUUGUUCACCACAGAAGGCACAUCAAGGGAAAAACUGUGAAAUGCGGCACAUGCGGCCGGUUGUUCGAUACCAAGUCCCAGCUGAGCAGACAUGAGAGAAUUCAUGUGCCCAAAAAGCCCUAUAAUUGCCCUGUGUGCGGGAAACAGUUCGAGCAGAAAUCACUUUUCACAAAACAUAAGUGGGAGCAUGAGGAGGAGGCGAAACGAGCCCCGGAGGUGAUCAGACAGGCACAUGAGGAUAGCUUAGCACCAAACUCUCCUCCCACUGACGUCCUGCAAGAAAAUUGA